AUGGCAAGCUUCAAAAUUUUGUGUGUUAUAUCCAUCUUAACCCACCAAUUAGCAUUCUUGGCCAAUGGCAUGCAUUGUAGAAAGAGCCUCGUGCCAGCUUUGUACGUUUUUGGUGAUUCUAGCUUAGAUGCAGGAAACAACAACAAUCUUAACACUCCUGCUAAGGCAAAUGUAUUUCCCUAUGGCAUAGACUUCAAUAACUGCUCCACCGGUAGGUUUAACAAUGGAAAAACCUUUGCUGACAUCAUUGCUAUUAGCUUGGGUUUGCCAAUGCCACCUCCAUACUUGGGUGUGUCUGAAAUAGAGAGAUAUCAAGUAGCCACAGGGAUUAACUAUGCAUCAGCCUCAUGUGGAAUCUUGAAUUCAACCGGAGAUGGAUCAUGCUUGUCAUUGGACAAACAAAUUGAAUACUUCACCUCAACUGUGAAGAACGAUCUUCCAAGAAUCAUACAAAGCACAACAAAAUUGAGGCAUUACUUAUCCAAAUCCAUAUAUCUACUAUCAAUUGGACCCAAUGAUUACAUGUUGAAUUAUUUGAAAAAUAAUCCAAUGGAACCCAAUAAUAAUCUCAAUCCAGAACAAUAUGCAAAUUACCUCAUAGAGGAACUGGCUUCACGUAUAAAGAGAAUUUAUGAUCUAGGAGCACGAAAAUUUGUGAUCAAUAGUAUUGGGCCAGUUGGGUGCAUCCCUGCUAUUGUCAUUAGGACACCACAUUCCGAAUAUUGCAAUGAAGAAAUCAAUCAAAAGGUUAAGCCCUACUCAGAAAAACUCCCUGGGAAGCUCCACGAUUUGCAAACCCAACUCUCAGGUUCAUUGUUCAUUAAUUUGGACAGUUACAACUUCUUCAUGAAAAUAAGAAAUUCCCCACAAAUAUUUGGGUUCUCAAAUGUUUGGGAUUCAUGCAUUCAAGGAGCAAAGCCUUGUGAAAAUCGGAAGGAGUACUAUUUUUAUGAUUCUGCUCACAGCACUGAAGCUGCAACUAAAAUAUUUGCAGAGGAGUGUUUUAGUGGAACCCGAUUAUGCUUUCCUUACAAUAUUAAGAGAUUAGUUCAUGCGCAUUAA